GAUUCGUACACAGGUGUGUAUGUUUAUGUUUUUAACAAAUGUUCGGACAUGCAUUUCAUAACAUACACAGACAAUUGUUUUUAUACGAUUUUUCAUCAUUCUGAAUACAACUACUCCCUCAGCUGCAGUACUGUAAAACUGAAAGGCAGUUAUAACUUUGACCAUCGCUUAUAAAGUUUGGUAAACUAGAAACACAUACCCUCGGUACAGAUUUGUCACCAAAGGAAUCGAUUGGUACCCUGGCAACAAACUUGGUACCAUAUCCUAGAAACACAUCAUUCUGGUACCUUACUGUAUCAUAAAAACACAUCUUGUACUCUACCAACAAAUUACUAUCAUAGUAACAUUACAAAUUUGUUACCUAAGCAACACAUCUGUUACAAUACCAAAGCAACACAUCUAACAAUCAAGCAACACAUUUGGUACCCUACAUACAUAUUUGGUACCCUAGCAACAGAUUUUUUGCCAUAGCAACAGAUGAUAUGAGUGUGAAGGAACAGGAGUUGUCCCCAAUGCAGUCUGGGAAACCACAGCACUGGUUUAUAUCAGACAUUCAGCUUAUGAUGCACGGCAUGGGGGACUGUAACAAGCCACUGCACGAGUCAGCCGUGCUUGUGGAGGAGAUCACACACCAGCAGAUCAUCACCGUGCUGCACCGAGCCCUAGAGGUGGCGUCCCUGCGCGGGACCAAGACACUGGGUCUGGAGGACUUCCUGUUCCUCAUGAGGAAAGACAAGGUGAAGUUACGCCGUCUGCUGCGCUACAUGCACCUGAAGGACAAGAAAGCACAACUGCACAAGGCCAGUAGCCUUGAUGAGGAGGACGCCACAGAAACAGACAUCAAGCCUGCAACUACUGGAAGACGUAGAAAGACGUGUUAUGAGUUUCUUUCAUCCAUUGAUCAGACAGGCGAGCUUUGUGCGUUGUUUGAAGAUGAGGAAGAAGAUGAAAUCAAAUAUGAACGCUGCUACCAGUCUCAGAGGGCAGAGCUGACAUCAAGAUGCAUGGACCCACAGCAGUACCUUGAGUUCUCAGAGGCAAGGUGUACAAACUUCAGUGAGUACAACAAGGGCAUUCAACCCCCUAGUAAUAUGAGCUUUGCUGUCGCAAGACAAAGAAGUUUAGAGACUGGGUUCUCCGGACUGGAGGCAGAAGUGAAGCCCAACCAGUACGCGCUGGAGGUCCUGUCAUACUAG